AUGGACGCUACUUCUGAUAUGGAGAAGACGCGCCUGAGCGGUGAAAAGCGUCGUAGCCAGGUCUUGCCGGGGGACGUUAUCGACGUGCAGGGGAGUUAUAGCCCAGAGGAGGAAAAGGCCCUUGUGCGCAAGAUUGACAAGGUCAUUCUGCCUUUUAUGUGCCUUGUGUUCUUUCUUCAGUACCUCGACAAGCAAAGUCUGAGCUACGCCGGUGUCUUCGGACUCAUCGACGAUCUCAACCUCUCCAACUCGCAAUACUCGUGGUGCAGUUCGAUCUUCUACGUCGGUCAGCUGGUAUCGGAGUACCCGUUUAUAUAUUUGAUGAGCCGUCUCCCGUUGACCAAGUUUGUUGGCAUUACCGUAAUCCUCUGGGGCAUCUCAUGCACUUGUCUUGCAGCGCCACAAAACUACGCCGGAUUUGCAGCAGUUCGAUUCCUCCUCGGCUUCACCGAAGGCGCCGUCUCACCAGCCUUUGUCACAAUCACAUCGAUCUGGUGGCGCCGCGACGAACACGCCUUCAGAACCGCCCUCUGGGUGAGCAUGAACGGCAUCGCUCAAGUACUCGGCUGUCUGCUCAUGUACGGCAUCGGCAAGAACACGUCUCUAAGCCUCGAUCCCUGGCGAACCCUCUUCCUCAUCUGCGGCGCCCUCACCAUUGCCUCCGGGGUCGGCUUCUUCGUCCUCAUGCCCAAUGGCCCCACAGACGCGUGGUUCCUCAACGAACGCGAGAAGCAGGUCCUCCUCCUCCGAAUGACAAAGGACAGAGAGGGCGGCGACAAGACGUCCUUUUCAAUGGCACAGUUUAAGGAGACAAUGCUGGAUCCCAAGGCGUGGUGUGUCUUUUGGUUCGGCGUGCUUGUCACAAUGCAGUCGCCCGUCUUGACGUUUGCAACACUCGUCAUCAACUCUAUCGGAUACUCGCAGCUGCAGACUAUGCUCUACACUGCGCCCUCGGGCGCAGUUCAAGUUGCACUGCUCUGGGUUGGCGUGUUUCUCUGCUACCUUCUCCCUCGCCAGCGAACUCUCGUUGUAAUCGUCCUGUGCAUCCCGCCGAUCGUCGGAAACAUCCUCAUGCUAAUCCUCCCCUUGAGCUCUGGAUGGGCCCUGAUAGGAUCCGCCUGGCUGGCCUCCUGCAUAACAGCCUCGAUGUCCGUCCUCCUCUCCCUCGUCGCCAGCAACGUAAAAGGCAACACCAAGCGCGCCAUCGUCAACGCCAUGUUCUUCAUCGGCUACUGCGCGGGUUGCAUCGCUUCGCCGCAGCUAUGGACGAACCGGCCCAAGUACCUCGAGGGAUUGAUUACGGCGCUUGUUACGUGGGGACUGCUUAUUGUUACGACGGUUGUUUAUAGGUUUUUGUGUGUUGCUGAUAAUACGGGGAGAGAGAGGGAGUUGCAGAGCCGGAGGGAAAUCGGGGGAGAGGUGGAGGACGGUGGGCAUGAGGGUGCGGUUGUGCCGUUGGCAGAUUUGACAGAUAAGCAGGAUAGGUCUUUUAGGUAUGUUUGGUAG